AUGACUUCAGCUUCUCUAUCAGGGAUGACGAUUGAUAAAACUUUUGCAUUGACUUUUUGUUAUAUGAACCCAGAAAAGGAGGACAACUAUGAGUGGGCUUUGAAUUGUUUGAAAGAUUUGUUCGAUGCUGAACAACUUCCAGGAGUGUUUAUCACGGAUCGCGAGAUAACUCUAAUGAGUGCAGUGAAGAAGGUAUUUCCUCUUGCAAAGAAUUUACUAUGUCGUGUUCAUAUUGAGAAGAAUGUACUCAUGGAGGAUUAUGACAAGAAUGUUAAUUUGUUGAUUCAGAAAUACAAAGACUAUCCAGCUGCAUUAACAUAUGUGACAGAGUCAUGGUUAAUGAAUUACAAAGAAUACUUUGUUUCAGCAUGGAUUGAUAAAUAUUUGCAUCUAGGCAACACAACGACAAACCGAGUUGAAGGGAGUCACUCAAAGUUAAAGAGACAUCUUACUACUUCUGUGCAUGGUUUUGUGACAUCGUUGGAUGCCAUUCACUUGCUUUUAGAGGGUCAAUUAAUUGACAUCAAGGCAUCUUUUGAAGAAAGCUUGGCAAGAGUGCCAGUUCGAUUUAGGAACCUCUUGUACAAAAAUCUGGUUGGGGUAGUAUCAAAUGUUGCAUUAGUGAAGAUAGAAGCUAAAGUAGUGGUUGCGAAGAAAAUGGGGGUUGAUCCAUUUGCGUGCAGUCACAAGGCUUUACACAGUCUUGGCUUGCCAUGUGCACAUAUGAUUGGGGCUUAUCUACUACAGGGCAUGAGCAUACCAAUAACUGAUGUGCACAACAUGUGGAAGAAACUAAAUUUAAAUUCCUACAUGACAGAUAAAAAUCAGGAGGUAACAAUUGUUAUAGAGCUAGAAGAAAUUUGCAAGACUUUCAAAAAUUCAACUAUUCCACAGAAGCUUGAUAUGAAAAAACAAUUGCAGAUUCUUGCAAAACCAGGCAUCUCAGAUGCAUUAGAGCCACCAAAAAAAGUUAAUGUGAGGGGAAGGAAAAAGACUGCUAAGAGACCACGGUUAGAUGAUGAAAUUUCUACAAAGCGUGAACCUUCAGCCUUUGAACAUGCUUUAGCAAAACAUGAAUUCGAGGAUGUUCCAGUAACACAACAGUCUCAAGUAUUAGUUGACAAAAGUAUAAAGAUGAAGGUGUAUCGGACGAGAAAACCAACAACUGCUAAUUGGAUCACUCAGUUCUCUGAAUUUUUGCAACCACACAUUACAGGGAUUGUUGAUGUGCCAGGAGAUAGACAUUGUGGAUACAGAGUGAUUGCUAGCUAUCUUGGUUUAGGUGAUGAUGGUUGGAAGAAGGUACGAAGUGAUCUUUUAGAAGAGUUGAAAAAUCAUCGGGAUGAAUACAAUAAGGUACUUUCUCCUUUGACAUCCACUGAAGAGCUCAUUGAUAGUGUUGAUUGUUUUGAGAAUUUUGCAGAUUUAAGGCAUUGGAUGACCAUGCCUAACAUGGGCAAUGUCAUUUCAUCUUGCUACAAGGUGGCAGUUGUUCACAUUUCAAACAUACAAUGUUUGACAUUUUUUUCAUUAAGGGAUCCACCACCAUUUGAGGCAAACAAGGACGCCCUCAUAAUCUGUUAUAUCAAUGGGUCUCAUUUUGUAAGGUUGGAGUUAGAUGAGGAUUCUCCCAUACCACCAGUUUCGAAGAUGUGGCUUGAUCAUCGUCAUGUAAGGGCAAGACAUUGGCUUACACAAUAUACUACAAGGAUGGAGAAGUUCAAGAGCAUAAUGGCUACAAGAAAGGCUAACAUGGCUAUUGUGGAGAUUCUUGAUUGA